AUGGUGCUCGUCCAUCGAGGCAAAAAUUGGUCUGAUUCCAACUUGGUCACCAAAGAUUCCGACCCAGACUCCGCGGAGAAACUUAAAGAGGCAGCAAAGACUUUGAAAGCAGAGGUUUCCAAGCAUAAACACAAGAGGGAGUCGAGAUCGCUAUUUGCCACACGUAGAUUUCUGUUUCCGCUUGGUAUCCUGCUGGGCGCGCUCUUAGCAUUUUCCCUCAUUGAACCGCGCGACAUACAAGACCUCCAUGCACACUUGACAUUGUUGCUUGGGGAGUAUACCAUGCCUGACAUACCCGGAUUCGACCUCUCACGCGUAGAGAACGAAUGGCAGAGGCUUCGUAGCAACAUACCAGAAGUUUGGAAGUUCAAUGUGGAUGGGAGGGAGUUUCAGGUUGGAGAGUCAAUGCGUAACCGUGGCUUAACGGCAGAACAUCCCAUUGUUCUUAUACCCGGCAUUAUAUCUACAGCAAGUCGGUAUUCUCGCUUCAUUAUACCUGUUGAACUCCUUCCAGGGUCUCGACUAUGGGGUGGCUUCAAUAUGCUUUCACAAGUCACUUUCAAUCGCGAAAAAUGGAUCAAUGCUAUGAUGCUUGACCCUGUCACUGGCUUAGACCCGCCGGGAUCUAAAAUUCGUGCGGCAGAGGGUAUCGACGCAGCGUCGAGUUUUAUUCAAGGCUACUGGAUAUGGAGCAAGAUUGUGGAGAAUCUCGCUGUGGUCAACUAUGAUACGAAUAAUCUCCAUAUGGCGCCAUACGACUGGCGGUUGUCGUUUUAUAACCUGGAGGAACGCGAUGGGUACUUUUCAAGGCUCAAAUCCACAAUCGAAGGUUUCAAGCGCCGCCAAAACAGAAAGGUUGUACUCGCUGCGCAUUCCAUGGGGGCCAACGUAUGUUGUUUUGUAUUUGUAUGCUUGAUCAUCCCCCCUCAACAAAAUCUGACAUCCGAUAGCUUCAAGUGGGUUGAGUCCCCUGAACACGGGGCAGGCGGAGCCGAUUGGGUCGAGAACCAUAUCGAAGCGUAUAUUUCCAUCGCCGGGACGCAUCUCGGUGUCGCCAAAGCCAUGUCCGCUUUUUUGUCUGGAGAAAUGAAGGAUACCGUUCAAAUGAACCCUGCUGGGGCCUAUGUUCUUGAGAGGUUCUUUUCGCGUGCGGAACGCCAAAAGCUGUUUCGAUCGUGGGCGGGGAGUGCGAGUAUGUGGAUCAAGGGCGGAAACGACAUCUGGGGUGGACCCCAUGGAGCACCCGACGACUCGCAUAACUGCACACAUUCUCAUGGAGAGCUGAUCGCAUUCCGGUUAGCUCCACCACCGCCACCACCUGGCUCUGUCAGCACCAGUGCUGGAAUUCGCGAGGAGCUGCAGAACAUGACUGCAGACACAGCGAGCGACUGGAUAUUGCAGCACACACCGUCCACGUUUCAGAAAAUGAUCGAAACCAAUUUUUCUUUCGGAAUUGAACGCGACGAAGCCAGACUCAAGGCUAACAAUCUUGACCAUCGCAAGUGGACAAACCCAUUAGAGGUCCAACUUCCAAAUGCUCCCUCAAUGAAGAUAUACUGUGUCUACGGACAUGGUAAAGAGACCGAACGCUCUUAUUGGUACACCCAGGACCCGAAUGCAUACGACGAGACCGCCGAUCAAGCGUCUGGGUUGGACCCGCUCUGCGUUGACCCUUCCGAUGGUUCAUGCUCAGCUGGUACCCCGUUCGAUACACCACUUGUCCGGAAAAGCUAUAUCGACGCUGAUUUUACCAACGAGACGCUGCUACCCAAAGUCGUCAACGGUGUCAAGAUGGGCGAGGGUGAUGGCACUGUCAGUCUUCUCAGUCUGGGUGCAAUGUGUGUUGAAGGUUGGCGCCGUCCUCGCUGGAAUCCUGCCAAUAUCAACGUUACUGUCGUUGAACUCCCUCAUCGCCCCGUGCCUUCCAUCCCAAGAGGCGGGGCCAACACGAGCGAUCAUGUCGAUAUUCUGGGCUCGACUGGUUUGAACGAAAUAGUAUUGAAAGUAGUCACGGGGGUGGGCCAUGAAGUUCACGAUAGCUAUGUGUCCAAUAUUCGAGAAUAUGCGCAGAGAAUGCAUUGGGAUUGA